GAAUGGUUUUAAUCGGUGAUACAGCCUCCCCCUCAGCAGUGACGGACGAAAACACAUCCUUCACUGCCAGAGGUAGGCUACUGAACUGAAGCCUUUUAAGUUAGCGUCUGAAAAUGUUAAGAUGCUGAAUUAAAUAGUGGGUUGCAUAGUAGUAGCAGAAUCAUAUGACUGUCACUGAAACAGCACAGCAAGCCAGCUAGCUACAAAAGCUAAGUUAACGAUAGUAUUAACACAAACCGGGUUUGCUAUUCUCCGACAGCUAAGAAGCUUCGGGAUGCCUUUGGAAUUGAUUCGCUACAUCGUUGUUUAGUUACUGCCUGCUUAUUCCGGUGCAGAAUCCUGGGCGUACUUCCAUUUUUCACAUAGGUUGGUUGACGGCACCAGUGGAGGUGGCACCAUGGUGCAAAAAUAUCAGUCACCCGUGAGGGUCUACAAACAGCCCUUUGAGCUGGUGAUGGCGGCGUAUGAGCGGCGGUUCCCCACCUGUCCACUCAUCCCCAUGUUCGUGGGCAGCGACGUGCUGGACGAGGACCAGAGCGAAGACGGCUGCAUGCACAACGUCGAGCGCCGCUGCAAGCUGGACGUGGACGCCCCGCGGCUCCUCAAAAGAAUUGCUGGGGUGGACUAUGUGUACUUCAACCAGAAGAACUCCCUGAACCGCCAAGAGAGGACCCUGCACAUCGAGUCGCACAAUGAGACCUUCUCCAACAGAGUCAUCAUCCACGAGCUCUGCAUCUACUCCGUGCACCCGGACAACGAGGACUGGACGUGUUUCGAGCAGACGGCCAGCCUGGACAUCAAGUCCUUCUUCGGCUUCGAGAGCACUGUGGAGAAGAUCGCCAUGAAGCAGUACGCCAGCAGCAUCAAGAAGGGUAAGGAGAUCAUCGAGUACUAUCUGAAGCAGCUGGAGGACGAGGGCAUCACUCACAUGCCCCGCUGGACUCCUGGCCCCGCCUCCCCAGCCAAGCCCCUGGCGCCGCUGGUGCGCCCCACCGAGCUGCCCGUCACGCCCGCCAUCUCCAUCACGGCCCCCUCGGACAGCGCCAGCGCCCCGCCGGACGCUCUCGCCCUCGUCUGCAAGGAGGGCACCAGCCCCCCCAGCAGCCCCAACGAGCCAGUGGCCGGCACUCCUGAUGACAAAUUGGAUGCUGACUACAUCAAGCGCUACCUGGGAGACCUCACGCCCCUGCAGGAGAGCUGCCUGAUCCGGCUGCGUGGCUGGCUCCAGGAAACGCACAAGGGCAAGAUCCCCAAAGACGAGCACAUCCUGCGUUUCCUGCGGGCGCGCGAUUUCAACAUGGAGAAGGCGCGCGAGAUCCUGUGCCAGUCGCUCACCUGGCGCAAGCAGCACCAGGUGGACUACCUGCUGGAGUCCUGGAGCUGCCCGCAGGUCCUGCACGACUACUACACUGGCGGCUGGCACCACCACGAUAAGGAUGGUCGUCCUCUGUACAUCCUGCGCCUGGGCCAGAUGGACACCAAAGGACUGGUGCGCGCCCUCGGAGAGGAGUCGCUCCUCAGACAUGUGCUUUCCAUCAAUGAAGAGGGCUUGAGACGCUGUGAGGAAAACACUAAAGUGUUUGGCAGGCCAAUCAGCUGCUGGACGUGUCUGGUGGAUCUGGAGGGCCUAAACAUGCGUCACCUGUGGAGGCCGGGCGUGAAGGCUCUGCUGAGGAUCAUCGAGGUGGUGGAGGCCAACUACCCCGAGACGCUCGGACGCCUCCUCAUACUCCGAGCACCCAGAGUCUUCCCUGUGCUCUGGACACUGGUGAGCCCCUUCAUCGAUGAGAACACCAGAAAGAAAUUCCUUAUUUAUGCUGGAAACGACUAUCAGGGCCCUGGGGGUCUGGUGGACUACAUCGACAAAGAAAUUAUCCCAGACUUCCUUGGCGGAGAGUGCAUGUGUGAGGUGCCUGAGGGAGGUGUUGUGCCCAAGUCUCUGUACCGCACUCCCGAGGAGCUGGAGAACGAUGACAUCCGCCUGUGGACCGAGACCAUCUACCAGAGCGCCAGCGUCUUCAAGGGUGCCCCCCAUGAGGUUGUGGUCGAGAUCAUCGACGCCUCCUCGGUCAUCACCUGGGACUUUGACGUGUGCAAAGGCGACGUGGUCUUCAACAUCUACCACUCCAAGCGGGCGCCCCAGCAACCCCGGAAGGACCCGCAGGUGGGCCACGGCAUCACCUCGCCCGGGGGCAACAACGUGCAGCUCAUCGACAAGUCCUGGAUGCUGGGACAGGACUACAGCAUGGUGGAGUCGCCCCUCACCUGCAAGGAGGGCGAGAGCGUCCAGGGCUCUCACGUGACGCGGUGGCCAGGAUUCUACAUCCUGCAGUGGCGCUUCCACAGCAUGCCGGCGUGCGCCGCCACCAACCUGCCGCGCGUGGACGACGUCUUGGCCACGCUGCAGGUGUCCUCGCACAAGUGCAAGGUCAUGUACUACACCGAGGUGCUGGGCUCCGAGGAUUUCAGAACGGCUUGCUGUGAUGUGCAGAGUUUGGGCUCAAUGACCAGUUUGGAGUCCAGCCACAGCGGCUUUUCCCAGCUCAGCGCCACCACCACCACCUCCAGCCAAUCACAGUCCAGCUCCAUGAUCUCAAGGUAGAGCUGGCCAAUCAGAGAGACAGUAGGGAUUGGGUGUGAGGGGCAGGGGACAACACUGGCCCACAAUCCCUUGUGCUCCCCUAUCUACAUCCCACAUUUCUGACCCCCUUCCCCAAUCCUUUACUCCACCCCACGUCCAUGAUGCUCACUAACCAUCUCCCCUUUGUGGACCUGAAGCUCGACUGAACUACUGCAUUAAGGGAACAGACACAACAUACAUUGGUCUUGGACGGGGUGGAAAACAAAAAAAUAACAACAACAAAAACAUACAAACACAAAUAAACAAAACCCCCACUUGCACGCACACCUCUUCCAUGUCUAAAGGGCUACGACCUGCCUAGCCGUGGCAAUCAGCCGUGGCAGCAGGUCCGCACACAAGCAGGUUUCCCCUCCUUGUGCUUCAGGCUGGAGGACAGCAAGAGGACCGUAUGGGCCAUAUCUCACUGGACACUCAGUGCAUCCUGGACGCCAUGUUGGACCGAGCAAUACACCUCCCAAAACCAAAGGGUUUGGGGACACUGAACUGGAUCCGCUGUUACACACACAACACCAAACUCCAACACAGACACACACACUUUUACAGCGUGUUGUGUACAUGUGGACAUAUCCUUGCACAUACACACACUGAUGUAUACGUGUAUGUAUUAUACACACCCUCUCCACACCACCACAGAGUUACACAGAAUAUGCCAUAUCACCAGGACGAGUGUGAUGCCAUAUCACCAGGGCGAGUGUGAUGUCUCUCUGGUGAGGGUUUUCAUUUUGUUUUCAUUAUUAGGUCAAGUGUGAGCUGUGGAGAGACUUGGGCUAGAGGCAAUAAUCCCAGCUGAAUUUCUGCUGUCAGACUUCUAUUUAUCAUGUUGAACGUGACGUGUGCAAAAGGAGGCAGCUGGUGUACUCUGGGUGCUAUGGAACACGACCCCCCCCCCCCCGCCCCCACCCCCAGCUCUAGUCAGGACUGAGCAGGCCGACGUCAGCGCCUCACCGUUCACAAGACAAGUCGAUCAAGCAACAGGCCAGUUUGCGAUGCUCCCCUGUUGGUCAGUAGUUUUAUAUUCAUGGAGUGGAGUCUUGAACAAUGACUCCUCAGAUGGGCUACUGAUCAAGUGGGUGAGCAGAACUGUCUGUACAGAACCUGACCAUUGGAGGGUCGUGUGAUUUAAUAACGGUUUAAUAGGUCAAACUUUUUUCCUCGUUUGGGAUGGUUUUGGGUGUUCAGAUGACCUGGGGUGGGUUUUGUAGUGAGUGAAUUUCAGAGUUGCCAUAUUUGUGAAGUGGUCAUUUCAACCAAAUAGAGGUCAACUUUGAUAUUGUUACAAAGACAACUUUACUGAUGAUAACCUAUUUGGAAGAGGAUGCUUGAAAAUGGAGAUAAGUUACUUUUUGCAAUGUAAUGCUGGUGUUCCGGGGAUGUUCCCCAAAGUACAAUGUUUUUUUUUUUUUUUUUUCAAGGAGUUGACAUAACUCACAUUACUGUUGUUGCGUUUAAAGGGAUUUCCUUAAACCAUCACCUUUCUCUAGUGUAUAAACAGUUAGAGAGUUUUCCAGGGGCAUACAUUCUUCAGCAUUAUGUGAUUCUGCACAUCAUUCUGUGCAUAUUUCACAGGCAUUGGUUAUUGCAAUAAAGUCCUUGAAUGUUUCCCCAACCAUGUUACAGGCCAGAUGGGACUGGACUUUGAUGUGAUUGCAGAUUGACACCUGAUUUUGCCGUAUGAAAUGGGCCUGUUGUACAGGUAAUGCAAAAAAAGGAUGAAAGAAAGUUCCUUACGUUGUAUUAUUGCCAUUAUCAUCUUGAGCACAUAUAUAUAUCUCACUAAAAGCAAGACGUGCUGAAGAGAACCAUAUCUUCCUUGAUCUCCUUUCCAAGCUGCCAUUUUACUGUUGUGCUUGAGAUUAUACACUUUUAGUAGGCUUUAGCCUUUCAAACAACCUCAGUAGCGACUAGCUUUCAGAAUCUCUCUCGUGUAACGACGGUCUUCAGGUAGGACAGAGUGGCCAGAUCAAACACCCUGAAUCUUUAAGGCAGCGGUCGAACUAGUUUGACCGACAACGGAUACCAUGCAGUUACCGAAGCAGCUGCGUGGUGGUGGUUUUGUGUGCAUGCGUGAGAUGAGGUGUCAAAUUUACCACUGGCUUUUGGCUUUAGUUUUCAGUCCAGGUUGGAUAUCAGCACAAUAAUUCAGACAAAAUGCGUGAUCGCCAUAAACAAUAAAGACCACGUCAUUGGUCUUCUGUUACAUUAGUAAAAGUAGUGCGAAUUUGACCCUCAUUCACAGUCUUUGUUUUUGAAUCAUUCAGUCUUUUGUUACAUGUACAUUCAUUUUUCACUCUGUGUGUGUGUGUGUCAUGUUUAGACUUUUGGGUGAGAAGGUGAACAUAGUCUCGAUGUGCUACUGCAUUAACCAAGAAAUGCUUUACUCAAGAGAAGAAAGAGGGCUGUGUUUGUAUCAGCUGUGAUUGUGCGGUGACAUAUUGGCUCCCAAUGCCGACCUGUUUUUAAAUUGUAACUUUUGCUUCAUUCUCCCCCAUCCUAAACCUCCCUCACUUUAUAAAGCCUUGUCGUUUUCCCCCAUGGGUCCUUAUUGAGUUUGUGUGUGUGUUUAAGGGAAUGCAAGUUACAGUUUUGGCUUUUUUUCCGAGACUGAUGACCCUCUUUAAUCCAAGGAAAUUUCCCAUCAUCAGGUCGGCAAGGAUGCCUGUUUGAAAGGUUGCGCUGGAUUUGUGAGGUUUUUCGUGUGACUGACUGACUGCUUCUUACCGCCCCUCAGUAUUCUCAGUCAUGCAGCAGCCUGCCGACAGGAGUCGCUACGUGUUUGUAUGUGGACCGUAUGAAAGAUCGCCUCUCGUUUCUGUAACCUUGACUUUGCCAGUGUAAAUGUCAUCUGACUAAGAGGGCUAAAAGUGUUCUUGUCUUGUCAUUUCCUGAACUCUAAACCACCUCUCGUUGUCUUUUGUGUGCUUGUCUUACUCCAUGUACUGCAUAUCUUUUGAGAAAUUAUUGUGUAUGUCAAAAAAUGUUUAAAUUAAUAUACAAAAUAGCGCCUUUACAUUUUGUUUAAAACUAUUAAACUUGAAUUAUGAGAUUAAAA